GUUUAAUAUCCUGUUAAUUAAAAUUAAUAUAGUAGCACCAUAAUUUACUAAGCAAUUUCCCAGCGUAACCUAAAAAAGUCUGAAAAUCACGUGACUUUUACACUUCCAUUUUUCAAUUUUUCAGAUGUAUCUGUGGGGCUUGUGAAUUUUUUUGUAACAAAAAUCCUAUUCGUAACGCCCGUAUCUGCCAAAUAUGUGCCACACCUAUUUCAACAUCUUUUCUUUAGGUUACGCUGGAAAUACUAAAAAAUUCCUCCGUCAGUAUGAAGAAGUCACGUGAUUUCGGGACAUUUUUCCAUUAUGCACCACCGCGCCUAAUUGAAUAUUCUCUAAUAAAUCUAAUCAUUAGUCACGUUACACACAUUAGUUAAAAUGAAUCUGUGAAACACUAUCGGAAUCACCGUUCCGAAAAUUAUUAUAUGGUCGACAUCAUCACACCAUAGUAAAUAAAUACCCCUCCUCUUUUUUCUCUUCGCUUAUAAUAUGGCAUGUUCAAAAAUAUUAUCAGGAGACUUACCUGAAUUAACAUAUGAUAUUAUAAAAUAUUUACUGGAUGAUUUUUCAACUUUACAUUCAUGCAUUUUAGUUAACAGAUUAUGGUGUCGUUUAGCGAUUCCAUUAUUAUGGGAAAAUCCUUUUUCAAUUCCUACAAAAAAUUACAAAUUUAUUGAAAUUUACUUACUUAGUUUAAAUGAUGAUUUUGAAACAAAGCCUUCAAACACACUGUUCAAUUAUCCUAGUUUUUUAAAAUAUUUAAAUAUAUGGAAAUUUAUGAUUUGUGUUGAAAUAUGGUCUAGAAAUGCUAUUAGAACCUUAAAACCUGAAAGAUAUUUUAUAUAUGAUACAUAUAAAUAUUCAAAAACUGAAUUUAUGAAAUUAAUUAGUAUAUCAUUAUUUAAAAUAUUUAUUGAAAAUGAAGUAACUUUACAUACACUUGAUAUUGAUAUUAGCGAUCAUCGUUAUUAUUGUUCCUAUUUUAAUGAUAUUUUUGAAUUAAUUUUACAAAAUGGUACAAAUUUCAUUCAUAAUAUUAAAAAUUUAAAAUUUUGUACUAGUACUCAUAGUUCAUUUGAUAAUGAAGAUAUGUUGCUUAAAAAUCGUAUAUCACAAAUAAUUGAUACACAUCAAAAUCUUAAAAUAAUUUUAUUAUGUCAUAAUUAUUUACCUUUAUAUCAAUCAUUAUUGUUAUCAAAAAAUUCUAAUUGUUCAAAUACUUUAAAUACUAUCAUGUUUUAUCAUAUCAAUUUUGGGAGUAUAUUUAAUAUAGAUAUAUUAUUUGAACAAUUAAAUGUUUUAGAAUCUGUUCAUAUCUUUUUUUGUUAUUCUUUAAAUAGUUUUAUUCAAAAAAUUAUUAAUUUACCUAAACCAUUUAAAUUAAAAUCUUUAUUUAUAAAUGAGAAAUUACGAAUUGAAUUAUUACCAUUAUUGUUACAAAAAUCUGGUGAUUAUUUAGAGAAUUUUGAAUGUGAACUUAAUUAUGAUGAACAAAGAUUAUUAGAAUUAAUUACAAAAUAUUGUAAAAAUAUCAAAUUUCUUGAUAUAUAUGGAUUUGAAAAUCAUUUUACUUCUCUAAUAUUCAAUUUAAUUGAAAAUAUUAAACAAAAUCUUAAUUAUCUUUCGAUCGGUGUAGAUUAUCAAAAUGGUAAUAUCGAAUCUAAUUCAAUAUUAUUACAAAAUUUAGGACAAAUCCUUCCUCCUAAAUUAGAAUAUUUAAAUUUAGUUCUUUACUUUAAAGUAAAUGAUUUUAAAGUUUUCUUAAGAAAUUCUCAAGGAACUUUUAUUAAGAAAUUGUUAAUAAAUCAAAAAGGUAGUGAUGAUAUUUUACAUUGUAUAAAGGAAUUUAUUAUGAAGGAAAAAAGAGUCAAAUAUUUGGCUAUAAGGAAUUCUAAUGAUGGUGAAUUACGUCGUUUUGAAAAUGAAGCAAAGGAAUUUGAGUUAUAUAAUAUUAAAUUACAAUAUUAUUAUGCCAUAUUUAUUUAUUCUUAUAAUUAUAUGAAGGAGCUUUAUUAAUUAUUUGAUAGCGAUUUAAAUUAUUAUAUAUUAACAUUCAUCAUUAUAAAUAAAAACCCAAAAUUUUUAUUAGUUUAUACUAUAAUUUGACAUGUUUUAUUUUAUACUUUGCAAUUUAUCUACAAUGUAAAUAUUCAAUUCUCACGCAAUCUGUCCUCCGCAUAAUUGGGGAGAAUGUUGAUCUUAG